CAACGACCAAAGUCUCUGCACAAAGUUGCCAAUUUCGUCUUCGCUAACUCCACUCACAUACGUCACUCGCACGCACCCGCGACUCGCGAUUCACGAUUGCUGGACACGAUCCCACGUUCUGAAAGGAUCCGCCUCCAUUCGUUCGUAUCGAACACGCAAAAGACUAGCCAGCCAGCACCAGCCUCACCUUGACUCACGAGCAUUCUUUUUGCGUCUCGACCUUCAGCACCGGCAUACUGAACUCCCCCAAUCUCUGUCUUCAUCGCAAUCCAACUUUUUUCUGCCUUCAAGUUGCGAUCAGCAUGUCUCGAUACACUUCACAAUAUCACAGUAGGGGUCAAUCAGGAUCCACCACCGCACCACCUACCUACCUGUCCUACGGCGGGGCAGAGCAGGGAUUUGGGGACGAGAAGCAGAGCGGCAACAAUGCAUACAGGAACGACUCGGGCUUCGAUUCCAGUCGUGCAAUUGCGAAUGGCGGAGACCUUGGGCCUGCGCCUCACACUGCAGCCGCCGCAGCUGGCGGAGCAGGCGUCGGAGCAGGCGCAAAUGCUUACCUGCAAGAGCCCGAGACGCCUAGCCAGUACACUGAUCCUUUCGAGUACGCCUCCACUGCUGGAGCUGGCACGCAUAUAGGGCCAAGCGUCGUCUCCACGAGCGCUGGGGCUCAGCACGCCAACCUCACGAGGAAUGGCACCAUCACCACCCUUGCACCGCACGACAGCGUCAGCUCAUACAACGUCCCGUUUGGCGGAAGUCAGGCGCAUUCUGAUGCACCGCCUGUUCCCGCCGUCCCCGCACCGUACGGCAAUCAGGGCUAUGAUUACGACGACAGCUAUCAUGCCAGUCGGGGCUACGGAGGCCAUGGCUACCACGCUUCGCAAGCUUCCGUCGAUGAUUUUGCAGCUGCGCAUGGGGCUUACGGAUCCAGCACUCAAGCUUUACCGCUGAGGCAUCACGCAGGUGCAAUGGGAUAUGCAGAGGACGAAGACGACGAAUACAGGCAGAUGAGGGAUGGCGGAGGUUACGGCUACGAAGACAAAAGUGUUGCUGCCCAUGGGCCAGCCUUGUUCAGUAACGCUAUGCCACCGCCGCCGCGCGGCAAAGAUGGCGAUAUCGAGGAGAGGGGACUACUCGGACGCAUAGGCAAAGUAGGCGCAGGCUGGGGCGGAUCUGUUGAAGAGCAGAUCGAGCGCCGGAGAAAAGGCGUGGGCCGUCAGCGGUGGCCCAUACUUAGCUGGAUCCUUGCCAUCGUCUAUGUCGCGGUGUUCAUUGUCGAGCUCAUCAAGGCGAAGAGCGCCACGGGUCAAGCCAUCCAGACCAAGCCGCAAUGGAACCCAAUGCUGGGACCUCCCUUUGAAUUUCUGAUCUCGUUUGGCGCUCGCUUCGUUCCGUGCAUGCGGAGAGUCGCCAGCGUCCCGACCUCUACGCAGCUUCCUUGUUUGAAUCAACUCACGCAAGACGCCAAUUCAUACACGCAAGAUCAGCUCUGUCCUAUUUGGCAGCUGUGCGGCUUGCCUGAUGCCGACACUGUUGGACAAAGCUAUCGCUACGUGACGCCUAUCUUUCUCCAUGCUGGCUUCAUUCACAUCAUCUUCAAUCUGUUGGUCCAGCUGACGCUUUGCUGUCAGAUCGAGAAGCUGCUCUCGACGCCGCUCUACGGCAUCCUGUAUAUCGCAGGCGGCAUUGGCGGCAAUCUGCUAGGCGCCAGCUUUUCGCUGCCCGGCAUUCCAAGUGUAGGCGCUUCUGGUGCCAUCUACACCUGCAUCAGUGUCGAGUUGGUGGACCUCGUCUACAAUUGGGCGCACGAGUACAGAGCGAAGACUCGUCUGGUAAUGUCUCUGGUCUUCGCGGCAAUUGGAUUUGGUAUCGGCCUACUGCCUGGUCUGGACAAUUGGGCGCAUAUUGGCGGAUUUGUUGUCGGUACCUUGGGAGGCAUGGCUGUCUGCCCGAGUAUUCAUCUCACAAAGAAACAUCGCAUCACCAUUUGGGUGUGUCGAGUCAUCGGACUUGGCCUGCUCAUCGGAUUUUUCAUUGGCAUUGGCGUCACUGCCAAUUCGGAGGACCCCAGCAAAGCCUGCUCUUGGUGUCGUUACCUGACCUGCAUCCCUGCUUUCUCUCAAUGCCGAGGAACCGGCCUUACAACGUCGACCUCCACCAGCACGUCGCCGACGCGCCGUGCCCUUCUGGAUCUUUGACAACCUCGAGUAUGCAAGGACUCUGCUUCUAUAGGCGCCCGCCUUGUCGCUCUGUGUACAUAGUCUGCUCCCCCCUGCGAUCUGCUUCUCACCUUGCGACCCUUCGCUUGCAUCGCAGCUCACGAGCCCCAUCUGUAAUUCUCUCACGCACAAGGACCGCAACCCUGCACGGCGAGAACGCCGAUCCAAUGGACAGUGACGCUUGAAAUUAUCGCUCUCUAGACCAUGAGUUGCCCAUCAGCGUGCUGUGUACUGGACGGUACAGCUGUUCUGGUAAUGCCAAUCCGGCAAGUCUGGCUUGCUCAUGGCCCGGCUCUUGACGCGUUAGACAACUCAGAGCCGACCUUGCAUGGGAACGACCGCUCUUGGAUGAAAGUUUUGCAGUUCGCCCUAGCGACGGGCCAGGCUCGGUGGAUCAAGAAUGGUGCGCGAAUCUGAU